AUGACCACCCAACUGCAUGAUGGACCCGAUCGGGCGUCUAAGCUUGCAUAUAGCAGGUCUGCACCUAUCACGUUCCCCUAUCCCAACCUGGGAUUUGAUGACGUGCUAGUCAACGUUAAAUACGCUGCAACUAUCGAUGAAAAACUCCUCCCUUUUACAGCUGAUGACACCUCCGGCCUCCGUCCAGCGGAAGCAAAACCAGAUAUCAUUGGAGGCCACGCUGGUGCAGGCUUAGUUGUGGCCCUGGGUGAUGGAGUUGACGAUAUCAAAGUUGGAGAUGCGAUUGGGAUCCAGCUGAUCAACAGAACUUGCGGUAACUGUCUUGAAUGUAAUGCCUUUGAUAACAAGGUAUGCUGCCCCUACAUGCAACUCUCUGGGCAUACUGUGGAUGGCACACUUCGGGAAUAUUGCGUUUGCAAAGCAUCCGAGGCGAUUAGGGUCCCUGACUGUACCCCCCUGGAUGCUGUGCCGCCGAUUCUUUGUGUUGGAGGUACCCUUGUGCGAGCGGUAGAAAUGACUUCCGCGCCCAAAGGCCAAAUCAUAGGUAUUAUUGGAGCCACGACAAAUGUCGGCUUGUUGGCUUGUCAGUAUGCCCGGUCCCUCGGAUUCCAAGUCCUGGUCGUACUGUCAGAGGAAGAAGCGGCAAGCCCUCUGGUGGACAAUCUAGACGUGGAUUAUGUGGUACAUGGCUCACCGUCCAAUAUUCUGGCCGAUAUCCAGUCUAUCAUACCUCGUGGGCCUCCUGCUAUUGUUGUCUGUACAGCGACUGGGACUCCGUUCCAGCUCGCACCACAGUACGUCCGCCCGUAUGGGAAGGUCGUCCUCAUUGGAAUUCACCCCGAGGACUUGAUAUAUAUAGAUUACCCCAGCGUUAUCCGGCGUGCCGUCAGCAUCCAAUGGGCUUGGACUGGGGCAAGAUCCGAAACGGAAAAAGCACUGUGUCAUUUGUCCAUGCGACAAAUUCAGAUACCCCGGCACAUUAAGGUCGCCGAACAGGGUUUGGAAACAGAGCAGACAACGAAAGAAGGCAAGCAUACACACAAGCGCGGAAGCGGUGUCUGGACUGUCCUAGAUAUCCCUCAGACGCAAGCUCGAAUCAGCUACAACAGCUUCAAGAGCCUACAAUUUGCACCCGAAACAUUCAACUUCGGAAGGUACUUGGCAUAUCGCAUUGAGGAGCUAGGAGUUAAAGACCUUUUUGGAGUUCCCGGCGACUCUAACCUGAACAUUCUGGAUGUAAUACUGGAGACAAGGAGCUUGAAUUUCAUCGGCUGUUGCAAUGAACUGGAUGCCGGCUAUGCCGCAGAUGGGUAUGCCCGGACCUCGACCUCCCAUGUGGCUGUAGUUGUCGUGCCCUUUGUCGUGGGAAGCUUGUCCGUUCUGAACGCCAUUUGUGGAGCCUAUACAGACAGGCUGAAAGUGAUUGUUAUUGCCGGCUGCCCCGACACGUCAAGGCUCUUGUCAAAUGAGCACCUUCAUCAUACUCCAGGUGUGGCCAGUAUGGAUGUUGCCCUCCAUGCCUUUCGGGAUGUGACGGCAGCCGCUGUUCGGGUAUCCAGUAUAAAAGAUGCAGUGAGCAUACUGGACGAUACUCUCACCGACUGUGUCCGGCAAUCUUUGCCGGUGUAUAUUGAAAUUGCCAAUGAUUUGGCUUAUGGCAAGUGCUCUGCCCCGAAACCCUUGAGCGCAGAGCGAGAUUCAACCUCUCAGAUUCCAGAUUACCGUGACGUGGUAGAAGCCUUUUCACAUGCUUGGCAAUCAGCAUACAUGCCAGUUAUAUUGGUCGGGCCCUGGGCGCACUCGAGUUGUACCCCAACUACUCUCACCUUACUCGCUGAAAAGCUGGGCUGUGCUGUCCUGGUUCAGCCUGAUGCGAGAGGUUUCCCUGAAUCGCACCCCCAGUUCUGUGGCACCUUCUGGCCUUCGGUGUUCAAUCCACUAGGAGAAAAGAUCGUGAUGAAAUCCGACCUCUGGAUUGUUAUUGGUGGGCGUUGGAGCGACCUUCACACGCUUGGGAACCUCGACAUUAACAAAGAAUUGCAUCGGAUCAUUGAUCUUCAGCCCAACUCCGCUCGGCUGCGUAGUGGAUGCUCGCAUGCGAUUUUACUCCAGGAUCUAAUGCUUGAUCUUAUCUCGUCAGAGGUCGAGGAAAAUAGACGAUCAGUCCUUGCUAUUCAAGCAAGUAUACCCGGAGUGGUUACUUCUAGCGACCGAGACAACUCCAGAAUUGACUCACCUGUCACCCUGUCCAACGUCGUGGACGGACUCCACCGGUUAAUCGGAGAAAACGACAUUCUGAUUGCUGAUACAGGAGAGACUUGGUUCAUAUCUCAACAGGUCAAGCUUCCACCGGCAGCAACGUGUCAGUUACAACUGGUAUAUGCGUCACUGGGGUGGGCUUUGCCUGCUGGCUUGGGGUGCCAACUGGCUUGUCCCAAGGGACGAGCUAUCCUUCUGAUUGGAGAUGGUGCAUUCCAAAUGACCGGCCAUGAAAUCAGCACGAUGAUCCGUCAGAAAGUGAAUCCCAUUAUUUUCGUAUUCAAUAAUAUGGGUUAUCGAACAGAAAUUGCCAUCCAGGAUGGUCCCUACAAUUACAUCGCAAACUGGGAUUAUUCUCGACUCGCUGCCUGCUAUUCCAGGCCGCCACAUACUGUUGACGUCUCCGAGCCGCCGGGGUCCGACCCCGAUUUAUCCUUCAUCACGAUGCAGGUCCGAACAUGCAACGGCCUCAACCAAGCGGUCGACCGCGCAAAAGCUGAAAGCUGGAAAUUGUCUUAUCAGCCAAUCAAAGUCUGA